GAGAGACACGUGUACAAAGGAACCAGGAAGUGACUGCCGGAAUUGGAACAUUAGCUGUAGUUUGCAACGUCUGGGUAAUCUUAUUGAGUAUCUUCAAACCCAGAAUUCCUCAUUAUGAUACUUGGUUACAAUCCAGUGUUGCAAGCACUGUUAGGAACCUUACUGACUUGGGGAUUGACGGCUGCUGGCUCAGCACUUGUCUUUAUCUUUUCCAGUGGGCAGAGACGAAUCCUGGAUGGGAGUCUAGGCUUUGCUGCAGGGGUUAUGCUGGCUGCUUCUUUCUGGUCCCUUCUUGAACCUGCUAUUGAGCUAGCGGAGGACUCUGGGAAGUUUGGAGCCUUUGCCUUCCUCCCUGUAGCUGUUGGCUUCAUUCUGGGAGCAGCAUUUGUAUACUUCACUGACCUCCUCAUUCCAUGGUUGGGUAUCAAUGUGUCUCCUCAAACAUCACUGGCUUUAAAUUAUGAUUCAAGAGUGAUUAAGGAGAAAUACGAACAACAGGCCACGGAUCAUCAGGAGUAUGAAAAUGAACUGUCCAUCCGGAUAGGUAGAACAGCUUUACAUUCAGACAAAGGUGAAAAUGGGGAACCAUAUCAAAGGAGGAAAGGUGUUGCACAUAAUCAGCCAGAUCUUCCUGCAGUGUCCCACACUCUCAAAGACAACAUUCCUGCUCCAGCAAGCAGCAGUUGGAGGAGGAUCAUGCUGUUGAUUUUUGCAAUAACAAUACACAACAUUCCUGAGGGUUUGGCUGUUGGUGUUGGAUUUGGUGCUGUUGGGAAGUCACCUUCUGCAACUUUUGAAAGUGCAAGGAAUUUAGCCAUUGGGAUUGGCAUUCAGAAUUUUCCAGAAGGGCUGGCUGUCAGCCUUCCCUUGCAUGGGGCUGGAUUUUCACCAUGGAGAGCCUUCUGGUACGGUCAGUUAAGUGGCAUGGUGGAGCCCCUAGCUGGCAUCUUUGGUGCUUUUGCCAUAGCGCUAGCCUCUCCCCUCCUCCCAUAUGCUUUGGCUUUUGCUGCUGGAGCAAUGGUGUAUGUAGUGAUGGAUGACAUCAUUCCAGAAGCACAGAUCUGUGGCAAUGGAAAGCUGGCUUCCUGGACAGCCAUCUUAGGAUUUGUGGUUAUGAUGUCCCUGGAUGUAGGACUUGGAUAAUAAGAAAUAAUGACUUUUCUCAAACUGACCUUCAAAAUGCAUUAAAACAGGAGAUAUUGCACAGUAGAAAUUGCAACUGGACUAUUGUAUUUUACAUUAUUGUGCAGAAAACUGAGCUGGUAUUGAUUUAAUGAUACUGAUUCUUAAAACUUGUCAUAAUAUAUAUGGGGUUGAUCUUGGGAAGCAGGUUUCUUUGUGCAUUUGUCCUUUUGCCCCUAAUUAGUUCUGUUUCUUCAAGGCUGUUGGUUAUGAAGCGUAAUCAUGAGUUUUCAAGAAUUUUUUUAAAAAAAUUCUUCACUUUGUUGAGGCAGGUUUCUGAAAAUGUCACUGUCCAGUGUGAUCUCUGAUUGAUGGACUUUGCUGUAUGUAUUGUAUUGUAUUGUAUUGUAUGGAACAGAGUGGGACAGCCUCAGAGAUCUUCAAGGCUUCUAUUGACACACGAUGACUAACAACACAGUUGUGUUGAGUUUUUUCUUCAGGGAUUUGGAAAUAUUUACUUUUAUAAGUUGCUGAAAUAAAUAGUAUCUUUU